AUUCAGGCCUUUCUUCUGCAGGUCUGCUGCAGUGUGCUGAGGAUCUACUCCAGACACUGUUCACCUACAUAUCACCAAUGGAGGCUGCAGAACAGCAAAGAGUGCUGCCUGCUCCAUCCUCCAGAAGCUUCUUCCCAGAGGAUCACUGACCUGAUGCCUGUUGGAACUCUCCUGUAUGAGGUGUCUGGCAACCCCUGUUGAAUGGUCUAACCCAGUCAGGAGGCCCAGGAUCAGGAACCCACUUAAGGAAAGAGUCUGGCUAUCCCUUAGCAGAGAUGGUGCACUGGGCUGGGGGAAUCCCCCUUGUCUGGAUCGCUGAUACUCUUCAGAGCCAGCAGGCAGGAAAGAUUAAGUUGGCUGAACCUGAGACCGCAGCUGCCCCUCUCCGCAGGUGCUCUGUCCCAGGGAAAUGAGAGCUCUGUCUGUAAACUCUAGCUGGAGUUGCUGAAAUUCCUGCAAGCAUUUCUUGCCGGGAGAGGAGGGAUGGAUCCCGGUCCCACCUAAAGAAGCAGUCUGGCCAUGAUCUGCCACAGCGGCUUUGCUGCACUGUGAAGACUGCUGCCCAGUCCAAUCUGCCCAGCCUAACUAGCACUGGUAGGGAAAAACCGCUGACUAGAGCUGCAGUAAUGGCAGUCGCCCCUCCCCUGGGGAAUUCGGUCGUCUCUGGCGUACUCCAGGCUGCUAUGCUGGCUAGUGGCGAUUCUAAUCCAGCGGAUCUAAGCUUGCAGGCUUCUGUGAGAAUAGACCUGCUGCAAGGCCAUUUUGCUCCCUGGCUUCAGCCCCCUUUCCAUGGGAGUGGACGGGACUCCUGCCUCACUAGAGUUCCGGGAGCUGCUGGACUAUGUAAAAACUCCUGCAGCUCAGUGCCUGCCCAAAAAGCUGGAAAUAUGAACUAUUGGGUUAAUUCUUAUCAGGAAAUGAAAAAGAGUUGUUAGAUUAAACUUCUUCAGUCAUUGUAGUUCUUUGUAAUCAGAGAAAGAAAAACUGAGAGAUCAGGAAGAGAACAGACAGAUGGAUAGAAGAAGUUGGGGUGGCCACAGGAAACAAGAAAAGAAACAAGCUGAGGUGUCAACCCAAAGGAUAAUAUUUUGUCAUUUUCAUUUUUUUUCCCCCAAGUCAGAAACUAAAUUCCAGUAAUUGGAUGCCAGUUUGCUGAUGACAAGGCACUUUCUGAUAAUGAGUCUGGAAUUCUCAGCAGCAGUUUCACAAUCUGUAAUUACACGUUUCCGCCCUUUGCAAUAAGGAAAUACAUAGUUUACUUUCAUUUUUGAGUCUGAGGCUCUUUCCAACGCUGUACAAAAGGACAGAGGCUGUUCCCCAUGGCAGAAGGCAACCACAGAAAAAAGCCACUUAAGAUGUUGGAAUCCCUGGGCAAAGAUUUCCUCACUGGUGUUUUGGAUAACUUGGUGGAACAAAAUGUACUGAACUGGAAGGAAGAGGAAAAAAAGAAAUAUUAUGAUGCUAAAACUGAAGACAAAGUUCGGGUCAUGGCAGACUCUAUCCAAGAGAAGCAACGUAUGGCAGGACAAAUGCUUCUUCAAACCUUUUUUAACAUAGACCAAAUAUCCCCCAAUAAAAAAGCUCAUCCGAAUAUGGAGGCUGGACCACCUGAGUCAGGAGAAUCUACAGAUGCCCUCAAGCUUUGUCCUCAUGAAGAAUUCCUGAGACUAUGUAAAGAAAGAGCUGAAGAGAUCUAUCCAAUAAAGGAGAGAAACAACCGUACACGCCUGGCUCUCAUCAUAUGCAAUACAGAGUUUGACCAUCUGCCUCCGAGGAAUGGAGCUGACUUUGACAUCACAGGGAUGAAGGAGCUACUUGAGGGUCUGGACUAUAGUGUAGAUGUAGAAGAGAAUCUGACAGCCAGGGAUAUGGAGUCAGCGCUGAGGGCAUUUGCUACCAGACCAGAGCACAAGUCCUCUGACAGCACGUUCUUGGUACUCAUGUCUCAUGGCAUCCUGGAGGGAAUCUGCGGAACUGUGCAUGAUGAGAAAAAACCAGAUGUGCUGCUUUAUGACACCAUCUUCCAGAUAUUCAACAACCGCAACUGCCUCAGUCUGAAGGACAAACCCAAGGUCAUCAUUGUCCAGGCCUGCAGAGGUGCAAACCAUGGGGAACUGUGGGUCAGAGACUCUCCAGCAUCCUUGGAAGUGGCCUCUUCACAGUCAUCUGAGAACCUGGAGGAAGAUGCUGUUUACAAGACCCACGUGGAGAAGGACUUCAUUGCUUUCUGCUCUUCAACGCCACACAACGUGUCCUGGAGAGACAGCACAAUGGGCUCUAUCUUCAUCACACAACUCAUCACGUGCUUCCAGAAAUAUUCUUGGUGCUGCCACCUAGAGGAAGUAUUUCGGAAGGUACAGCAAUCAUUUGAAACUCCAAGGGCCAAAGCUCAAAUGCCCACCAUAGAACGACUGUCCAUGACAAGAUAUUUCUACCUCUUUCCUGGCAAUUGAAAAUGGAAGCCACAAGCAGCCCAGCCCUCCUUAAUCAACUUCAAGGAGCACCUUCAUUAGUACAGCUUGCAUAUUUAACAUUUUGUAUUUCAAUAAAAGUGAAGACAAACGAA